GAGCGCAGGCGGCGGGAUCUCGCUCCCUUUUACCGCCAUCGGAGCGGAGUGUCUUUCUUCCCCGGGACCGCUUCACUGCGCAGCGCCGUCUAAACCUGUCCAGCCUCCGGCCACAGAGAGAAGCAUCACCUGAGACUCAGCUAAAAUGGCAGACAUCGACAACAAAGACCAGGCUGAAAUGGACCCAGCAGAUAUGGAGGAUGUGGAGGAAGUGGAAGAAGAGGAGACUGGAGAAGAUGAAAACAGCAAAGCUCGUCAGCUGACUGUGCAGAUGAUGCAGAAUCCACAGAUCCUGGCUGCGCUGCAGGAGAGGCUGGACGGGCUGAACGGCUCACCAUCGGGGUACAUGGAGAGUUUACCAAAGGUUGUGAAGAGACGCGUAAACGCCCUGAAAAACCUGCAGGUGAAGUGUGCCCACAUUGAGGCCAAGUUCUACGAAGAAGUACAUGAACUGGAGAGGAAGUACGCAGCUCUCUACCAACCCCUGUUUGACAAAAGAAGUGACAUCGUGAAAGCAGCUUACGAGCCCACAGAUGAGGAAUGUGAAUGGAAGGCAGAUGAGGAGGAAGAGCUGACCGUAAGUAAGCAGGAUGAAAUGAAGGAGAAGGCCAAACUAGAGGAGGAGAAGAAGGACGAGGAGAAGGAGGACCCCAAAGGCAUCCCCGAGUUCUGGUUAACGGUUUUCAAAAACGUGGACCUGCUCAGUGACAUGCUGCAGGAACAUGAUGAGCCCAUCCUUAAACAUUUACAAGACAUUAAAGUUAAAUUCUCAGAUCCAGGACAGCCCAUGAGCUUCACGUUAGAGUUCCACUUUGAGGCCAACGACUUCUUCACAAACACAGUGUUGACAAAAACCUACAAGAUGAGGUCAGAGCCCGACGAGAGCGACCCCUUUUCUUUUGACGGCCCAGAAAUCAUGUGCUGCACAGGUUGCACGAUUGACUGGACAAAGGGCAAGAACGUCACGUUGAAAACCAUUAAGAAGAAACAGAAGCACAAGGGUCGCGGCACCGUCAGGACAGUCACCAAAACAGUCCCCAACGACUCCUUCUUCAACUUCUUCACUCCACCAGAGGUUCCAGAAAGUGGAGAACUGGACGAGGACUCGGAGGCAGUUCUGGCUGCUGACUUUGAAAUCGGCCACUUCAUCCGUGAGCGGAUCGUACCUCGGGCCGUGCUCUACUUCACAGGAGAGGCCAUAGAGGAUGACGAUGACGAUUACGAUGAAGAGGGGGAGGAGGCUGAUGAUGAGGAAGGUGAGGAGGAGGCUGAUGAGGAGAACGACCCUGACUAUGAUCCCAAGAAGGAUGCAGCCCCCCCAGCUGAGUGCAAGCAGCAGUGAAGCCUGGCCUGGCUGUCUUGAGGAUCAACUGCACUGUAACGGCUUCUCAAAUUAAGAAAUCCUAAAAAGAGGAAAAAAAUAUAUAAAAAAAAAAUAGUUACUUACCGCCUUAUAAUGUUUUGUAUUUUUCUUGGUAGAGAAUUUGAAGAAAAAAAAGGUUUCAAGAUUUUUGUUACAAAACCUCAUGGUAAUAUACUGGGAGCUGUGUGGCUCAAUAUACAUAGUAUUUUACUAGACCUGUUUUUCCUUCUCUUCCUCCUUCUCUGUAAAAUAGAUAGAAUACAGGAAAAAAACUUCCCUCAAAAAGCAUGAACUUGUUUCUUCACUGCUAAACUAGUUUGGGUUCUUGUGAAGUCUUUUGUUGUAUUUGCUCUUAGACAACAGCUGUGGUUUAGACUGCAUCAUGGUGACGUCAAUUUAUAAACUCCCCCUUUCCUCCUCUCGCUCCUACCAAAGUUAGCUCUGGUUGUUCAAGGUGAAUCUUUUUUUUUUUUUAAUAUAUAUUCUUAACGGGGGCCUUUAGCACUUGUAAAAAGCAUUGUAGCAUUUCCAGCUCUGGAGAUGGAGGACAGAUGGGCGACCGGCAGCCGGGUGUCCACUCCAGUUUUUACAAUCUUGCUGAGUGUGGGAUCUCAACCACGUUCCACUCUUGAUACAUUCCAGUGAGCAGACUGGCUGGCACCUUCGGUACCCUUCUCUCAAAACGAGUCCUCGUCUCUCGUCGAAACCGAUCAGAAGUGAAGUUAGUUUUAACUUUAUCAUAUCCCACCUGGUCAAGUCUCUUUAACAUUCCAGAGAAUUCUGUAGAUGAGCAAGGCCGUCAGACAGUUUGGCAGGAUGGCGAGUUCAGGUCUCUUCGCCCCAGUAUUCCAGUGCUUCAGGCUCCUUGUAGGCUCACAGUAGCGUGGCUGUUGUUUCUCUUGCACUUUGUACUAGUGUGUGGUGUGCCAGUGGCGUCCUAUCAUCUGUGAUCUGAGUAUUCCUUAUGAGCAGCACUUUGACCACCCCCCUGCCUCAAAGGGAACAGGGAGGGUGCUGAUAUCUCACUCAACGGAUGGUUCAACUCGUGCUACGUAAGCGUGCCACCUUUCUUACCGGGGGAGACGCCGCACUUGGCCUGUUUCCGAAAACAGCGAUGUUGGGCAGAUGUAGCACAGCAAACGACGAGGAAAGAUUUUUCAAGCGUUUAUCGACAUGUCAGGUUCACCAAACCCCGCCCCCCCCCUUUUUUCUCUCCUCAGUUUAAGACAUUUACCUCUGGUGUUGCCAAUUAGUGACUGGUCAGGUGACCCAUGGAACUUAGUCUAGGCCCUGAGCUCCAUGUUCAUUUUAUCACUGUGAAAGAGAGAGGGCAAACGUGACGAGGCCAUUGCAUGUCCAGUGACCGACCACCCGCCCCACCCAGACCCUCCCUUCGUUACCCAGAAGGCCUCAGAGAAGCACGUCAGAGCAAUAUUUAAAGUAAGGAGGGGGGGGGACCAAGAAUAAACCGUAGCCUGCCUCCUUCCCAGUCAAUUCUUAAUGCCUUUUUAGUUGUGAAAACAGCCAUGUGUUGGUUGUUGGGCAGCAUCGUGUCCACUGUGGAGAGCCAGGGUACUUCUCAUUCUGCAGGGAGUAUUCAAAUCCUGUUCAUUGGAAAAGGACGUGACAGGGUUCUGUAGGGUCCCUCCGAGCAGCUGUUGUCAAGGCAAAAUGCUAUGCUACAAAAAUACUAAUGUACUCAAUAACUGUACGUGUAUGUUCAUGAAUAAAUUGGAUAAACAUG